CUUCCCACUUUGGAGCUCCUUCUUCCUUUUCCUAGGGUUUUUCAUCUACAUGUGCUGCUGUCAUGUCUCAGACUGAAAAACGACGUCAUUUUCUCACAACAUGGUACGGAAAUGGAGAUUAUUCCUCAAAACUCCGUUUCACUUCUUCAAUCCAAAAACUCCCUCUUUAACUCCACUUUUCUCUCUAUCCAAUCACCCCCAGAACCCUAAAUUUACUCGGGAAAAUCAUAAUUUUCCGGAGAAAAAACCCGGACUGGUCCUGACAGACCAACUCCUGGAGUCCACACUCCUGAACUGCCCUUCUGAUUUGAUUGCUCUCAGCUUCUUCCUGUGGUGUGCCAAACAGCCCAAUUUCUUCCACCAUCGUCGAGCCUUUGAUCAUAUGGUUGAUGUAGUGGCUCGGCUCACUCAGAAGAGCGGAACUAUAAGAGGGGUUAUGGAUGAAUUGGGGAGUAUUGGUUGUGUGGUAAAGGCUCAAACUUUUUUGCUUUUGUUGAGGAUUUGUUGGCGUGGGAAAUUGUAUGGGUUGGUGUUUGAUGUUUAUGAGGAAAUGAUUGCAUUCGGGUAUGUUCCAAAUGCGUUUGUUUGUAAUGUGAUCAUUGAUGUUUUGUUCAAGAUUAAGCGAGGAGAAGUGGCCCUUAAGUUCUUGAAGGAGACCCGGGUUUCCAAUUUUUUGACAUUUAGUAUUGCGUUGUGUAAUUUAUGCAGGUUGAAUGAUUUGGUUGGUGUCGGCGAUGUUCUUAGAAUGAUGUUGAGGAAGGGGUAUUGCCCCAGUGUUGAGAUAUUUUCAAUGGUUUUGAAUUGUUUUUGUAAAGUGGGUAGGUUUGCAGAGGCAUUCCAAGUGUUGGGUUUGAUGGCAACUUUGGGAAUUCCGAUUUCUGUGACUGUUUGGAGUAUAUUGAUUGAUGGGUAUCGUAGAAUUGGCAAGAUUGGUAGGGCGGGUAAUUUGUUGGAGAAGAUGGUUGAGACUGGUUGUUCUCCUAAUGUUGUAACUUAUACAACUUUGAUUAAGGGAUUUAUGGAAUCAGGAAUGGUUAGUCGCGCAUUAGAUGUGCUACGUAUUAUGGGAACUAAAGGGUGUGAUUAUGAUUUGGUUCUUUAUAAUGUAUUAAUAGAUUGUCUCUCCAAGGUUGGGAGAUAUGAUGAUGCACUUGGCAUAUUCUUCAGUUUGCCAAAACGAAAAAUGGUGCCUGAUUCUUAUACUUUUAGUUCUAUAUUGUCUGCAAUAUGUUUAUCCCAAAGGUUUUCACUUUUACCCAAGUUAUUUAGCAGUGGACUAGAGGUACAUACUGAUCUAGUCGUAUGUAACUCACUUCUAAGCUAUUUUUGUAAGGCUGGGUUCCCAUCCCUUGCUGUGGAGUUUUAUAAUGACAUGUUAGAUAGAGGUUUUAUGAUAGAUCAGUAUAGUUUCGUUGGAUUAUUGAGUGGGCUAUGUGGCUCUGGAAGAGUAGAUGAGGCUGUUAAUGUGUACAGUGGGAUUUUAGUAAACCAUUCUGAUCUUGAUGCUCAUAUCCAUACCAUAAUUAUAGGUGGUCUUAUUAAAGCUGGCAAGUUUCAUAGAGCUGUCAGAUUGUUUAAGAAAGCCAUGGUAGAGAGGUACACACUGGAUGCUGUAUCAUACACAGUUGCCAUUUACGGACUUCUCAAGGGUGGUAGAACUGGGGAAGCUUGUACCUUGUAUAGCCAAAUGAAGGAGGCUGGUUUAGCUCCUAAUGCACACACGUAUAACAUAAUACUCUCAUGUUUCUGUAAGGAAAGAGACAUGGAAAUGGUCAAACAGAUGAUACAAGAAAUGAUUGCUGCAGGUGUUGAACUUGAGUGUGAUACGCUCAUAAGGAUAACCAAUUUCUUGUUCAAAUUGAAGUUUUCUCAUUCAGUCUUCAACUUAUUAAUUGAGAUGUGGGGUGCAGGAUUGAUGCCUAAUAAGGCAAUAGAUGCACUAUUGUUGAAUGGACUUUCCUGUGGUGUAAAAAUAAAUGAUAUGAAUCUCACACUGUUGAAAGCUAAGCUAGAGGAUACUCUAUUAUUGGAUACUUCUGGCUCAGAUGACCUUUCUGAUGUGGCUGCUUUAGCAGGUUGAGACAUAUUUUGUGGGGGAAAUUGCUUGUUGGCUUAUUUAAGAUAUUGACGCAUCAAGCAGGCACACUGAAGAUGCACGCUGACAAUUGUGGAACAAGCCGGCAAAUAUGGUUGAGUUGUUGUGUCAUGUGUGAGGACAUUUUCUCUUCACAUUGGGUGAACUCAUGUGGUGCUUCAUUUGGGAGCUUUUGGCAAUGAUCCCUUUUGAUGCUUUGGAGUCAGAGCCAGACUAAAGGUUGCUUCUUCUAAUGAAGAAGGCACCAGAGUCAUGUUCAAUAAAAUGCAAUACCAAUAUUCCAUUACAUCCAUGGGACAAGAUACAUGAACUCGGGGAUGACUGGAGUUUGACAUCAAACCUAAACCAAGCUAAGGGUCUACAGCAUUGAUUUCAGAAGCAUUUCAACUUGAAAGACAAUUCAAUUCAUUCAGCCUGGGGACCAAAACAGCUUGGGGCUCUGUAACUUCUGCUUGAGUUGGUUUUAGCUGGGUUUUGUUCAGAGUGUUGCAGUCUAUCCCAGUUCUAUUUAGGUGUAUAUUAUCAACGGAGUUAUUGAUUCUAGAAUUGGGUUAAUUCACCUGACCUUAGGUUAAUUCCCAAUUUAUCAGUCUGACAGAAGGUUGAGUUGGGUGGUCUCAUUCUUAAUGUAUCGAAGUUGCACCUGCAGGAGUACCUACAAAUGACAAUGUUGAAAUUGGGCGAGAGGAGAUAUUCCGAUUCAUGAUCAAACCUACACUUUCUUUUUAGAGCGCUGUCCUUCAUCCUAGAGCUCAAUUUUCUCAUUCUUAUAGUUUGGUUUGCUCACAAACUCAUAUCUGGAAGGUUAUGAACAAUAUUAUAGAGAUGGGCAAACUCAUGGUUUAAUUUUGGGCAAA